AUCAGGAGGAAAUUCCAGCUGCCCAUUUCAACAUGUCCUCUAAAAAGAAGGAGCUUCUGUCCACAGCAAUGAAGAGAACCAGUGAAUGGAUUUUCUCCCAGGAGAUUCCAAGUGAUAUAACAAUUCAUGCUGGAGGAGCUUCCUUUUCACUGCAUAAGUUUCCGCUUGUCUCAAAAUGUGGAUUUAUAAGGAAAUUGGUAUCAGAACCUAGUGAUGCUGAUACUUCUGUCAUUGAAAUCCCUGAUGUUCCUGGCGGAGCGGAAGCAUUUGAACUUGCUGCAAAGUUCUGUUAUGGAAUAAAUUUCGAGAUCAGCACAGAAAACAUUGCUACGCUGCGGUGUUUGGCAGAGUAUCUUCAGAUGACUGAGGACUAUGCAGUUGGGAACUUAGUUGGAAGAACUGAAGCUUACCUGAAUGAAGUUGCGCUAAAGAGCCUUGCAGGGGCAAUUAAAGUCUUACAUCUAUCAGAGAACCUACUUCCAAUUGCCGAGAAAGUGAAAUUGGUAAGCCAUUGCAUAGAUGCAAUAGCAUUAAUGGCCUGCAAGGAAAGCCAGUUUUGCAUUAGUAGCAAUGAGGCUCUAACGUCCUCCACUGUGUCUCAACCGAAACCCGUUGUUGAUUGGUGGGCUGAAGAUUUAACUGUUCUUAGAAUCGAUAUCUUUCAACGGGUUUUGAUUGCAAUGAUAGCAAGAGGAUUCAAGUCAUAUGCUCUCGGUCCGAUACUUAUGCUGUAUGCACAGAAAUCUCUACGAGGUUUGGAUGCUUUUGGAAAAGGAAGAAAGAAAAUUGAGCCACAACAGGAGCAUGAAAAGAGGGUUGUUCUGGAAACAAUAGUGAGCCUCUUGCCCAGGGAGAGGAAUGCAAUGUCUGUUAGCUUUCUUUCUAUGCUGCUUCGCUCCGCAAUAUAUCUUGAGACAACAGUUGCUUGCAGGCUUGACUUGGAGAAGAGGAUGGCCCUUCAAUUAGGACAGGCUGUCUUGGACGAUCUUUUGAUUCCUGCCUACUCAUUUACCGGAGACACAUUGUUUGAUGUCGACACUGUUCAGAGGAUCAUGAUGAAUUAUCUCGACUUAGAAAUGGAUCGGAGAAGUUUAGACUAUAAUGCUGUCGACGGGUGUAUAUCCCCUCUUCCAAAUGACUUGGAGCGGGUUGGGAAGCUAAUGGAGAACUAUUUAGCUGAAAUAGCCUCUGAUCGCAACUUACCUGUUUCGAAGUUCAUCGGUAUUGCUGAACUUAUCCCAGAACAAUCGAGGGCAACGGAAGAUGGGAUGUACAGAGCUAUAGACAUCUACCUCAAGGCUCAUCCUGCUCUAAGUGAGAUGGAGAGAAAGAAAGUCUGUAGUUUGAUGGACUGUCAAAAGCUAUCAAGGGAAGCUUGUGCUCAUGCUGCUCAAAACGACCGGCUUCCAGUUCAAACUGUAGUUCAAGUGCUUUACUACGAACAACAACGCCUACGAGAUGUCAUGAGUGGCAACCUCUCCUCCGGUGGAGAAUCACCCGCUAUUCCUUCCAAAAUAAAUGUAUACUCCACUGAUAUUCAUCCAGUUCCGGACGAGCUCUCCAGCUUAAAAAGAGAGAAUGAGGACCUAAAGUUAGAGCUAGCAAAAAUGAAAAUGAGAAUGAAAGAAAUUGAGAAACCAUCUCAUAUAUCAACUCUAAGAAGUCCUGGAUCAAACCCUAUGCCAUCUGCUGGAAAACCUCCUCUGCCUCGAAAGUCCUUAAUCGGCUCAGUGUCUAAAAAACUUGGGAAGCUCUAUCCUUUUAUACGUACGGAUGGAGAUGCUUUAUCCAAAGGUCGUGCAAAACCCGCAAAAGAUCGGCGGCAUUCCAUUUCUUGAGACUUAUGUAAGUUUUUGAGCAGUAUUAGCCCAUAUGAGCCUUUUAAAAGAGGACUAGAAGCUGGUUUCCCCCUCUAAUUAUGCUUUGUUUGUGUGAAAGACAUUUUGUAAAUAGUGUUGUCAUUCUGCUCUGAACAAAAUAGAAUGCUGCACAAGGUUAUUGUUGAUUGAAGUGAAAGUUUUCAUGCUGCUAAAUCCAAACAAUCAUUUAUGGCAAGGCACAAAGAUGCAAAUCUUCAA